AUGAAUACGGUGUCAGCCAAUCCAACGGUGCUGCCUACAAAUAAAGGCAUGCUACCAACGAAGGAGAAAACAGAGAUUCCAAGCAUUCAUAUACCUAGGCCAGUCACUACUGCACAGUUAGAACAGCUGCUUUACCGUUACAGAGCUAUUAUUGAGAAUAAGAAGGAGAACAAGCUAGAAAUUGAUGCCAUCGAACGUACUUUGGGUGAAGUUUCAAGAGACCAGGAUGUGUACAUUCAACGUUUGGAUAAAUUGAGAAGCGGAAUUAAGCAAGGAGUUUCCUACGAUGAUGAUCUAUUAGAAAGACAGUUACUGGCGUUGCAACUACUUGGAAAAGACUUGGACGUACCCGAAGAGCUUCUGCUAGAUCAGGAUGAGAACAGUUUGUCCGGUGCAAAUUCUACCGAUGAGUCGGAGAAACUGAGCCCAGUGAAGUGUUCACUCGAUUUCGAAGAGAAUGUCCAAAACCUUGGUUUGUCUGAGAAAUUCACGAACUGCGCACCUACGAGGCUGGGCGAUCCUUCCAUUGAGUCAAGAGUUUCGUCUCGGAUCGCCAAGAGGAUAAGCGAGUUAGAAAGGUUACCAGCUAACCUUGGAACAUAUUCAUUGGAAGAUGCAUUGGACUUUGUGACAAAGGAUGACAUUCCCUCAAGGAUUGAUGUGGCCAAAAUUAGGGCUUUAAUAGAACUUAAGGGUCUGAAACUCUUGACGAAACAGAAAUCUUUGAGGCAGAAGCUUAUCACCAAUGUGACAAGCCAAGCUCACCAUUCAAUCCCAUUUCUACGCGAUUCACCUUUUACUGUUGCGGCACAACGGUCGGUGCAGGUGAGAAGUAAAACCAUUGUUCCACAGACGGUAAGAUUAGCCGAAGAAUUGGAAAGACAGCAGUUACUGGAGAAACGUAAGAAGGAAAGGAAUUUGCACAUGAAAAAAGUCAAUUCCAUCGUGGACUUUGUCAAGGAGAAACAGUCGGAGACAUGGUCGUAUCGCGAUCGUUGUCUACAGUUUGGUAGACUCGGCCAAAUUGCUCACAACCAGAUAGAGAAGGAUGAGCAAAAGAGGAUGGAAAGAACCGCAAAACAACGUCUAGCUGCUUUGAAGUCUAACGAUGAAGAGGCUUAUUUGAAACUCUUGGAUCAAACAAAGGAUACAAGAAUUACUCAGUUGCUGAGACAGACCAACACCUUCUUGGAUUCUCUAGCGCAAGCUGUCAAAGUUCAGCAGAAUGAGGCUAUGAUAUUAAGAGGUGAAGAAGUGCCACCAAUCACAGACGAAGAAAGAGAAAAGGUUGAUUACUACGAAGUUGCUCACAGAGUUAAGGAAAAAGUGACGAAGCAGCCCUCCAUCUUAAUCGGAGGUACCCUAAAAGAAUAUCAGAUCCGUGGUUUGGAGUGGAUGGUCUCCUUGUACAAUAACCAUUUGAAUGGUAUCUUGGCAGAUGAAAUGGGUUUGGGUAAAACAAUUCAAUCGAUUUCUCUCAUUACCUAUCUUUACGAAGUCAAGAAAGAACCAGGUCCUUUCUUAGUCAUCGUUCCUUUAUCUACCAUCACAAACUGGACAUUGGAAUUCGAAAAGUGGGCGCCUAGUCUGAACACCAUCAUUUAUAAAGGUACCCCGAAUCAAAGACGAUCUCUUCAGUUCCAGGUCAGAUCUGGGAACUUUGAUGUGCUGUUAACAACAUACGAAUAUAUCAUUAAGGAUCGCUCAGUGCUAGCUAAACCUGACUGGGCGCAUAUGAUCAUUGAUGAAGGUCACAGAAUGAAGAAUGCACAAUCCAAGUUGUCGUACACCAUAACGCAUUACUAUCAUACUAGGAAUAGACUGAUUUUGACUGGUACUCCUCUACAAAACAAUCUACCCGAACUGUGGGCUUUAUUGAACUUUGUUUUACCGAAAAUUUUUAACUCUGCUAAGACUUUUGAAGAUUGGUUCAACACGCCAUUUGCAAAUACUGGCACUCAAGAAAAACUUGAACUUACAGAAGAAGAGACGUUAUUGAUUAUCAGAAGAUUGCAUAAAGUUUUGAGACCAUUUUUGCUGCGUCGUUUGAAGAAAGAAGUCGAAAAGGAUCUGCCAGACAAGGUGGAGAAAGUCAUCAAAUGUAAACUCUCAGGGCUACAGCACCAAUUGUAUGAGCAAAUGCUUAAGCAUAAUGCAUUGUUCGUCGGAGCUGGUACCGAGGGAGCUACAAAAGGUGGUAUUAAAGGUCUUAACAAUAAAAUCAUGCAACUGAGGAAGAUCUGUAAUCAUCCUUUCGUUUUUGAUGAAGUGGAAGGUGUAAUUAAUCCAACGAGGGAAAACAGUCCACUACUUUAUCGUGUUGCUGGUAAAUUCGAAUUGUUGGACCGUGUAUUGCCCAAGUUCCGAGCUACAGGCCACAGAGUCCUGAUGUUUUUUCAAAUGACCCAGGUUAUGGACAUCAUGGAAGAUUUCUUGAGAAUGAAGGGGUUAAAAUAUAUGAGAUUAGAUGGUGGUACCAAGACCGAAGACAGAACAGAUAUGUUAAAAGACUUUAAUGCUCCAAAUUCUGAUUAUUUCUGUUUCCUAUUAUCUACUAGAGCAGGUGGUCUUGGUCUUAACUUGCAGACUGCCGAUACUGUUAUUAUUUUCGAUACUGACUGGAAUCCUCAUCAGGAUUUGCAAGCUCAGGAUAGAGCUCAUAGAAUUGGACAGAAAAAUGAGGUUAGAAUUUUGAGGUUAAUCACCACUGAUACGGUGGAAGAAGUCAUUUUAGAGAGAGCUACCCAAAAAUUAGAUAUUGACGGCAAAGUUAUUCAGGCCGGUAAGUUUGAUAAUAAAUCUACAGCAGAGGAGCAAGAAGCCUUUUUGAGAAGAUUGAUCGAAAGUGAAUCUAGCAGAGAUGAGGAAGACAAGGCUGAGCUCGAUGACGAUGAGUUGAAUGAGAUUUUGGCACGUAGUGAGGAAGAGAAAAUAUUGUUUGAUAAGAUGGAUGAGGAAAGAGUACAGUUGGAAAAUAAAGAAGCCAAAUCAAUGGGCCUCAAGCAGUCUCUACCGAGAUUGAUUGAAGUAGAUGAGUUACCAGAAGUGUUCACGGAGGAUAUCACCGCUCACCUUCAACCUGAGCCGGUCGCUGUUGGUAGGAUAAGAGAAAGAAAAAGGGUUUACUACGACGAUGGUUUGACCGAAGAACAAUUUUUGCAAGCGGUUGAAGAUGAAAGCAGUACUCUGGAAGAAGCCAUCGAAAAGAGACGUAAGGCUAGAGCAAAGAGACAAGGUGUAAGCAGUCCUCUUGGAGAUGAGAUCGGCACUUUGGAGAGCACUGCUGAACCUAGUAUAAAUGAGGCUCCAGCUGAAGAAGUAGUAGAAGAGGAUGAAGAAUCCUCUUUGGUUAAACCUAAACGAAAGUCUAGAAGUAAGAGAAGGAGGAGCGUCCCAGUUGCCGAGGACCAGAAUGGCUUGGAUGAAGCAGUUGACGAGGAAGGGACCGCUGCUGAAGUCAAGGAACCGGAAAAGAAGAAACCUAAGCUGAAGAUCAAACUCACGUUAAAGAAUGAUCCUUUGACACCCGAAGAAUCUGAAACUAACGGAGUAGCUAAUUCAAAGGUGGAUAAGAGUAAACAAUCAAAGACCAAGAAGACCAAGAAGGCUCAAAACGAGCUUCUCCCUGUCGUUGAAAAUCUACUCGCUUUAAUGCGUGAACAGAUCGACGAAACUGAUGAACAUCCACGCACAACCAUAUUUGAGAAACUUCCCUCUAAACGAGACUACCCUGAUUAUUACACUCUAAUCAAGCACCCUAUUGCUCUAGAUAUAGUUUUGAGGAAUGCCAAGAAGGGACAAUAUAACAGUUUGGAAGAUGUCAAACAAGAUCUGCAAGUAAUGUAUGACAACGCCAAAUUUUAUAACGAGGAAGGCUCGUGGGUCUAUAACGACGCCGAAAAGCUUAACGAAUUCACUGAUCAAUGGUUUGAAAAUAACUAA